GAAGGGUUUAGUAACAUCAGCCGGCAUAUCGCUACGAAUAUGAGACGCUAUAGCUUCGUCCCUUACUUUUACCCGGCGUACUUUUUCAUGCUACUGAUAAUGUGCGUUUUCACUCCAGUAAAAAGUGAAAUAAUUACCUUAGAGAGUGGCAAUAUAGAUGACAUUUUAAGAAAUGCUGAUGUUGCUUUAGUGAAUUUCUAUGCUGACUGGUGCCGAUUCAGUCAAAUGCUGCACCCUAUAUUUGAAGAAGCAUCUAAUAUAAUACAAGAAGAAUAUCCUGAUAAAAAUAAAGUUGUUUUUGCAAGAGUGGACUGUGAUCAACACUCUGAAAUAGCACAAAGAUACAGGAUCAGUAAAUAUCCUACACUAAAGCUUUUCAGAAAUGGAAUGAUGAUGAAAAGAGAAUACAGGGGGCAGCGGUCAGUUACUGCAAUUGCAGACUACAUUAGACAGCAAAAGAGUAACCCUAUACGUGAAGUUGGUGACCUGGAAGAAUUAAAAACUGUUGAUCGCAGUAAAAGAAAUAUAAUUGGCUUUUUUGAAAGCAAAGAAACAGACAACUUCAGGACCUUUGAAAAAGUAUCAAAUAUUUUGCAUGAUGAUUGUGUCUUCCUUGCUGCAUUUGGUGAUGUAGCAAAGCCAGAGAGGUUUAGUGGUGACAAUGUAAUCUACAGACCUAUUGGGGAGAAUGCUCCAGACAUGGUUUAUUUGGGAUCAUUAACCAACUUUGACCUGACGUUUGCAUGGACACAAGAUAAAUGUGUCCCCCUUGUUAGAGAAAUAACAUUUGAAAAUGGAGAGGAGCUGACAGAAGAAGGUCUUCCGUUUCUAAUACUUUUCCAUGUAAAAGAUGAUACUGCAAGCCUAGAAAAAUUCCAACAAGAGGUUGCCCGACAAUUGAUAAGUGAAAAGGGAACAAUAAAUUUUCUACAUGCAGACUGUGAGAAAUUUAGGCACCCUCUUCUGCACAUACAGAAGACACCUGCUGAUUGUCCUGUAAUAGCCAUUGAUAGCUUUAGACAUAUGUAUGUCUUUCCAGAUUUUAAAGAUUUGUCAAUUUCUGGUAAACUAAAACAAUUUAUACUAGACCUACACUCUGGGAAACUGCAUAGGGAAUUUCACCAUGGACCAGACCCUACAGAUGUUUCCCCCGAUCAGCCAACUGAAGAUAUAAUAAGUAAUCCUCCAGAUAGCUCCUUCCAGAAACUGGCUCCAAGUGAACAUAGGUACACUAUCCUGAAUAGAGAUCGCGAUGAACUUUAAGUAAUUUGAACUGCCUUGGUAGCCUUAAAACACAAAAAAAGAUCAACUUCUGUAUGGUGAAGAAAAACUGUUAACCUAUAUUUUCAUAUUUGUAUUUUUUAUUUGGGAAAAAAACAAAACAAAGUAAUAAAUUGUUUAUUUUAUUUGAUCUCCAAGACUGUAGAUAUGUUUGUGUUUUGUGGAUUUCCUGUGUAGAAAAUUUUAAAUUCUUACAAAACCGUUCUUUUGUGCAAGGCUUCCCUGUUUUUUUUAAAUCAUACAACAUUUAAACAAGGAUACAGUACUGUUGACUUGCACUUCCACAUUAAAAUUGACAUUUUUGAUCUUUUC